GAUGAGAGCGGAGAUGUGAUCGAUGAUCGGGGCUGGAUCGUCCAUUGUGUGCCAGGCUCCAUGCUGCCCUCCCUGAGCAGGCAGGAGGAGGCUGAUGAUUAUGUCAGUGCUGCUGGAGUCACCGUACAGUAGUCACCAUGAAGGAGAAGUCUAAAAAUGCGGCCAAGACCCGCAGGGAGAAGGAGAAUGGGGAGUUCUAUGAGCUGGCCAAACUACUACCACUACCAUCCGCCAUCACCUCCCAGCUGGACAAAGCCUCCAUCAUCCGGCUCACCACCAGCUACCUGAAAAUGAGGGCUGUCUUUCCGGAGGGUCUUGGAGAUGCAUGGGGCCAUCCUGCAAGAACUGGACCAUUGGAUAAUGUGGCAAAGGAGCUGGGAUCUCAUCUACUUCAGACCCUAGAUGGAUUUGUGUUUGUCGUUGCUUCAGAUGGAAAAAUAAUGUACAUUUCGGAGACAGCUUCAGUACAUCUGGGAUUGUCUCAGGUGGAAUUGACUGGUAAUAGCAUAUAUGAGUAUAUCCAUCCUUCAGAUCACGAUGAGAUGACAGCAGUUCUCACAGCUCAUCAACCCAUCCACCCACACUUAUUGCAAGAAUGUGAAAUAGAGAGGUCAUUCUUUCUACGGAUGAAAUGUGUGUUGGCCAAACGGAACGCAGGUCUGACGUGUAGUGGCUAUAAGGUCAUUCACUGCAGUGGGUAUCUGAAAAUAAGGCAGUAUAUGCUGGACAUAUCUUUAUAUGACUCCUGCUAUCAAAUUGUAGGGCUAGUGGCUGUGGGUCAGUCUUUACCGCCGAGCGCCAUCACAGAGAUCAAACUCCACAGCAACAUGUUUAUGUUCAGAGCGAGUCUGGACCUCAAACUCAUUUUCCUGGACUCCAGAGUAGCUGAUUUAACUGGUUAUGAGCCUCAAGAUCUCAUAGAGAAAACACUGUACCACCAUGUACAUGGCUGUGAUGUGUUUCAUCUUCGCUAUGCACACCACCUUUUGCUAGUGAAAGGCCAGGUCACCACAAAGUACUACAGGCUGCUCUCCAAGCAUGGAGGAUGGGUGUGGGUGCAGAGCUACGCCACUAUUGUCCACAAUAGCCGAUCUUCCAGACCUCACUGCAUUGUGAGCGUCAACUAUGUCCUUACAGAUAUAGAGUACAAGGAACUGCAGCUCUCUCUGGAGCAAAUGACUGUUUCCAAAGCUCCUUUUCAAUGCCGGAAUUCAGUCACUACCUCGCAGGAAGCAAGGAAACCAGCCAAGUUGAAAGCUGCAAAAGUCAAAGCAAAACAGCCAAGAUCAAACCCCUACCCACAGCCACACACUUCCUACCAAGAUAAGAUGGAAUUUGCACAGUUUGGAAACUGGAAAGGAGCUCCCACAAUAAAUGCCACCAAUAACCAAGAACCAAGCAACCACACGGAAAACAGUGAACUUUUGUACCCCGCCCCCUACAGCCUACCAUUCCCUUACCACUAUGGACAUUUUCCAAUGGACUCCCAUGUGUUAGGUGGCAAAAAACAAGUGCAAGUGAUGCCUUCUAGGUUUGGACAGAGCCAAGGAUCGCCAUGUGAGGUGGCAAGAUUUUUCUUUGGUGCGAUACAAACAGGGGGAGAGUGUCACUGGCAUUACUCCAACCCCUUAGUGCCAAAUUCUCCACCAAAAACUGUUCAUGAGCAGCCUGCAAGUCAGACGUGUCACAGCCUCUCUCAGAAUUAUGAUGCCAAGCGGUACAGCUCUGGGGAAAGCUCAUCCGAUGGAUUCACGGGCUGUUCUUCAUCCUCAUCUUCGAGACCCAACCUCCGUUAUAAGGAUGAGCUCUACUGCUCCACAACCAUGAAGACCAGCAAACAGGAGAACAGAGGCAUUGCCACCUAUCACACAGUGAAAGAGGAGAACAAGUUGGACUUUAGUAGGUACCAGCAGGAGAAAAUGGCUGGCAGCGAAAAGCACUUUUCAAACUCCUUAAACAAUUCUCUGCUGCCAAAAUCCGAAUGUCUUCACGCAAAGACUGUAGGACAGUUGAGCCACUUGCUCCCCAGGCCAGUGGUCUAUGAGCAAACGAGAAGGAUCUGUAUGAAGGAGCCUAGAUAUGGGCCUGUCGGUCUGCAUCAGACCGGCUAUCACGAACUGGAAGGUGACAGAACAACGCAAAAGUAUCCUCACCACAACCCCGAACACGAGCACUUCAAAUCCCGUAGCCAAGUCCCCUACGCACCUCUUAAUUACCACCACGUGUUAUCCAAACACGGAACUUGUCAGGCUUCGUCGUGCACAGAGCCUGAACAUGGGACAGAAAACUAUGGUUAUUCCUCAGAGGAAAUGAACUCGUUUAUUUACAAAAACCAAAGUCCUUCGUCCAUGUCUUCUCCCGAAACUCACCGUGAAACUGCACUUCCCCACUAUAUUGGGACUUCUGUCAUUAUAACCAAUGGAAGGUGACAGCGGUCCUUAGGGUUGUUGUUUUUUUAUGCGUUGAUUGGAAAGGGGAAAAAAAAUGGAAAAACAAUCUAACUGGAAUUAUUUACUCGGAAGCAUGAGUGAGACCAGUGACCAAUCCCUACCAAGCGUAGCCGAAGGUCGUCAAAGGACAGGCGUGCAUGUUUUCUUGCCAAGCCAAGUGUAAUGGAACCUGAAAGGUCAGGAAUACACAACUAGCCUGAGAGCGGCAUUGUUACAGAUUAAUCUCUGGUGUAGGCCGUGCCAUUUAAGAAGUCAUGGGCCAGAUCAUAUUUUCCCCUACUCCACUGCUGGAUGAAUAGAAAGGCCACAUUCUAAGAUGUACACCUUCAUACUUCAUUACAUAGAGGAAAAGUUUCGUACCUCUCCUCAAACAACCCAUAUUAUUUAAUCCCCCCCGUUACCCCAGAGAGAAUUUCAUAUUCAAAGAGCAAAUCCAGAUGAAUAUAAAAACCUAAAAUUAGUCUACCCACAUACACAAUAUAACAGGAGAACUAGUGCAUUUC